UGUAACUACCAGAGUCAGGACGUACCUCUCCCUUGGCGAGUCUCCUAAUUAUGCAACAACACACCUAUUCUUUAAAUUGCCGGCGCGCUACCAGUCUCGUGGGUUGUGAAAUCAUAAAAGCGACCACUAGAUGGGACACCUAUUUAGUAGAUACCAGACGACAACAAGCGUGAACCUUAAUUAGGCGAUACAAGCAAAACCUGGGGAGUGUUCGGUUUUCGGCUGCUGUAUCUGGUGGCAUUGUAGGGGCAAACAUGAGCGAGGAAAAAUAUUCCAACUUUGACAGUCCGGCGACAGAUAAAGCUUCGAUACUUCCAGAUAUCAAAUUUGGGAAAAACCUGGAUAUCAAGUUAAGAGAACUUGCACUUGGCGCCUGUCUGUUUGCUGCCGUGAUAGCUUUAAUUGUACUUGCCGCUUUGUUAGGCGGAAAGAGCGAAGAACCAAAGAGUUCUGCGAGUAUUUACGAAUCCGUUUGUGUGUCAGGCCCAUGUCUUAAAAGUGCUGCAUACGUCACUCAGAAUAUGAACAAAACUGUGGAUCCUUGUACGAACUUUUUCCAGUACGCAUGCGGUGGCUAUCCAAUGCAAUUUCCGCUAAACCCCAGCCUUUCCUCUAGAACGAUGUUCAACAAUCUUUAUACUGAUAAUGAGGAAAAGAUUGAAAAUCUUUUGACUGCUCCACUCCUUCGCACCGAAGAAUGGUCUUCAGAACGAAAGAUCAAGCACCUGUUCGAAUCAUGCACGGAUACGUAUGCCAAAGACACGGCCAAGGGCACACCCGUACUUACCAAAAUCCUUCCCGAGAUUGGAGGUUGGUACGUAACAGGAACUCUCGACACAGCUACAUGGAACUUCCAGGACGCCCUGAAGAAAACCAUGAUCGAUUUUUGGACGCAUGCUUUCUUUACGGCAUAUAUAGCAACGGACUGGAAUGAUUCAACCAAAAGGGUUGUCGAGCUUCACCUGUCGGGGACCUCAAUGUACUGGUAUUACUUCGUCUCUAACGACACAGUCAAGUAUCGAUCAGACCUGCGAAAGAUGAUGAUGACCCUGUCGACAUACAUGUUACGAGACUCCAACGUCACUCUGGACGAGGCGACAAAAACGGAGCGCCUAAACACUUUCGUCAACGACGCAUUCUACGUGGAAUCCAUGCUGGCCAAUAUAACUCUCAAUAGCCGACCCUCCUUCAAUCCACAUGCCGAAGAGGAGCGCGAGACUUUGCGUGAUUUUGAUACUAUCACAGGAAACACUAUUGAUUUCUCCAAUAUCAUAACUUCCAUGUUUGCGGAGGCGGGCAUGAGAGAAUCGGACAAGGUGGUACUAUACGAGAAGGAUUACCUUAUCGCGAUGUCAAACCUUGUAGGAACCUUGGGAUCAAACAGCUCCAGAAUUCUAAGUAACUACCUGGUGUGGAGAAUCAUCCAUAAAUAUCGCCAGGAGCUCUCCUGGGACUACAUCCAUGCUAACAGAGAUUUCUACGUUGAUCUCUACGGUGUACCAAACUUCCUGGGAACAGUGAAGUUCUGCUUCAACACCAUGGAGAUAUAUCUUGGUGACGCUCUCAGCGCCCUCUUUGUUCGCGAUCACUUCUCCGACAAAAAUAAAAAUAAGGCUGUAGAGAUCGUCAAAUUUGUAAAAGAAGCUCUUGCAAGCACAACCGUCGACAACAUUUUUGAUCAAGCAACAAGAGCCAAGGCAAAAGAGAAAUUGGACGCCUCCAUGUACAAGCUGGGUUACCCUGAUUUUUUGAUGAAUGACAGCGAGAUGGAUUCUAUGUACUCAUCGCUGAAGGUGGAUAAGGAUGACUACUUUGCCAACGUUCUUAGUAUGAACCAAUUUAUUAGGAUCCAAUGGAACAAGAGACUAAUGAAGAGUCGUGACAAAGAUGAAUGGUUCUUCAGGACAUACGACACGUUAAUUUCCUACUACAAUGGCUGGAAUGAACUCAUAGUACCGGCCGGUCUUCUCCAGUUUCCCUUUUACGACCAUACGCUCCAGCACUACAUGAAUUUUGGAACAAUGGGCAGCAUCGUUGGGCAUUACCUCGUACACGGCAUUGACGAAUGGGGAGCUUAUUACCAAAAAGAUGGGACAGUCGACUAUUGGUGGAGCAACUUCACCAAGACCAAGUGGGACGAGGCCAAGACGUGUGUGAGUGACUACUAUUCCACCAAGACCAUGGGCCCAUACACCGUUCCAGGGGACCCUAAACCUGUCAGCGUACCCGUGAACGGAAAAUACUAUGGCAAUGAGGGUAUAGCUGAGGCUAGUGGAGUCAAAGUGGCUUAUCAGGCUUAUCUCAACUGGAUGAAAAAGAAUGGAGAAGAGAAGAAAGCUCCUGGCUUUGAUAUGACCAACGAACAAAUGUUCUUCGUUGCGUUUGCACAGACCAUGUGUUACACUAGGAACGACAACACUGCUUAUAACCUUGCUAUUCGGGGACGAAUCACAGAAAAUAUCAGGACUAACAGUAUUCUAUCACAGUUACCAGAAUUUGUGGAUGCCUUCAAGUGCCCAGUGAAAUCUCCCAUGAAUGCAGAGAAGAAAUGCAGCUAUUUCUGACACGUUUAUCAUAACCUGUGGUAUACAGACAUACGUUUCUGCUGAAGAGAAGUGUAUUCUGACCUCCCUGUCAGGACAAUGACUGCUUGGCAUUAAGGAUACGGUUGUUGUAAUAUUUUGUAAAAUUAUGUUUAUAUAAUUUUAAUACUUUCAUUUGUAAGUAUUUUUCUCUUCGUGCCAUUGAUAAAUGAUAUUUAAACAGAAUGAUCAGAAGUAUAGGAAUCAUGCUAUAUACUUUAUUCAUAGUAUACCGUGUAGUGAAAUGCACAUUGAUAAGUAUCAGUACCAUGAUAUGUCUCGUUAGCGGUAAUCAUUUGAAACAUAUGUUCGUUCAGUGUAAUUUUUCAUCAAAUGUGAAUUAGAUAGGUUUAUUAUUUAUGAAUAAAUCAAUUUAUUAAAGUAAGACCGUGUGUGUAAAUAUAUGGUCUUUAUCGCUUAGCCAAUGGAACAUGUUUCUUUGGCUCAGAGCCAGGGAUUAUACUACCGAUGGUUGGAUUCCUGUCGGGCACCCUUUCACAGGCGAAUGCACUCAUAAGCAAACGUUUAUUAUUUUUAGACGUUACACAGGAUUUAAUAGAUAUGAUAUACAGUAGGUUUUUUUUUUAUAAAAAUGAUCUCUGA